CAACGCCGCAAACAUCGUCGUGAGUGUGAGAGUGGGAGAGCAGCGUAAAGAAGAAUCCACAAAAACGGUUAUUUUUCGGUCGUGAGAGCAGUAGCGCCCGCACCGCGUGCAUCAGCUGGGAGAGAGCAAGAGAGCAGCCCCUGACGCCCGGCACCUGAACAAAAAAUCCUAUUUUUUUAUUGUGCACUUUUUGCGGCUAUUUGUUUCCGAAUUUCCCACUUUGAGACUCACCUUCCAGCACUAAACGAAGCAACGAAGCAGCCAAACGCGAAGAAACCUCCAAGAGGACUCCCCCCAACAAACAGCAUUUCGCUUUCCCCCCAUCAGUAAAGGAAAACAAGCCGGAAAAUGUCUCCAAAAGCGCUGAAUGUGCGCGUCACGACCAUGGACGCCGAACUGGAGUUUGCCAUCCAGUCGACGACGACGGGCAAACAACUGUUCGAUCAGGUGGUCAAGACGAUCGGCCUGCGUGAGGUUUGGUUCUUUGGUCUUCAGUAUACCGACUCCAAAGGCGACUCCACAUGGAUUAAGCUGUACAAAAAGCCCGAAUCGCCGGCCAUAAAGACCAUAAAGUACUUGAAACGCGUAAAGAAAUAUGUGGACAAGCGGACAACAAGCGACAGCAAUGGAGUCCAUCAUUCGGAGACAAGCGAAGAGGAUGACGAUGCCGAUGAUAUGACUGGAUCAAUGCCGUUUUCCACAUGGGUCAUGAAUCAGGAUGUCAAGAAGGAGAAUCCAUUGCAAUUCAGAUUCCGUGCCAAAUUCUAUCCGGAAGAUGUGGCCGAGGAGCUCAUACAGGACAUCACAUUGCGCCUGUUCUAUCUGCAGGUGAAGAAUGCCAUAUUGACCGACGAGAUCUAUUGUCCGCCCGAGACGUCCGUGCUGCUGGCCUCGUACGCGGUGCAGGCACGUCACGGGGAUCACAACAAGACCACCCACACAGCCGGCUUCUUGGCGAACGAUCGCUUGCUGCCGCAGCGGGUGAUCGAUCAGCACAAGAUGUCCAAGGACGAGUGGGAGCAAUCGAUAAUGACCUGGUGGCAGGAGCAUCGCAGCAUGCUGCGCGAGGAUGCCAUGAUGGAGUAUCUGAAGAUCGCCCAGGAUCUGGAGAUGUACGGCGUCAACUAUUUUGAGAUCAGGAACAAGAAGGGCACCGAUCUCUGGCUGGGCGUCGAUGCCCUCGGCCUGAACAUCUACGAGCAGGACGAUCGACUGACGCCGAAGAUUGGCUUCCCCUGGUCCGAGAUCCGGAACAUCUCCUUCUCCGAAAAGAAGUUCAUCAUCAAGCCGAUCGACAAGAAGGCCCCUGACUUUAUGUUCUUUGCACCACGUGUUCGCAUCAACAAGCGGAUCCUGGCCCUCUGCAUGGGCAACCAUGAGCUGUACAUGCGUCGUCGCAAGCCCGACACGAUCGACGUGCAGCAAAUGAAGGCGCAGGCGCGCGAAGAGAAAAAUGCCAAACAGCAGGAGCGCGAAAAGCUUCAACUGGCGCUGGCCGCUCGCGAACGUGCCGAAAAGAAGCAGCAGGAGUAUGAGGAUCGCCUGAAGCAAAUGCAGGAGGAGAUGGAGCGCUCGCAGCGCGAUCUGCUCGAGGCCCAGGAGAUGAUCCGUCGGCUGGAGGAGCAGCUGAAGCAGCUGCAGGCCGCCAAGGAUGAGCUCGAGUUGCGCCAAAAGGAGCUGCAGUCGAUGCUGCAGCGCCUCGAGGAGGCCAAGAACAUGGAGGCCGUCGAGAAGAUCAAGCUCGAGGAGGAGAUCAUGGCCAAGCAAAUGGAGGUGCAGCGCAUCCAGGACGAGGUCAAUGCCAAGGACGAGGAGACCAAGCGUCUGCAAGACGAAGUCGAAGAGGCACGACGCAAGCAGGCUGAAGCGGCUGCUGCAUUGUUGGCUGCAUCGACAACGCCGCAGCAUCAUCAUGUGGCCGAGGAUGAGAAUGAGAAUGAGGAAGAGCUGACGAACGGCGAUGCCGGUGGCGAUGUAUCACGCGACCUGGACACUGACGAGCAUAUCAAGGAUCCCAUCGAGGACAGACGCACGCUGGCCGAGCGCAAUGAGCGCCUGCACGAUCAGCUUAAGGCCCUGAAACAAGAUCUGGCGCAGUCGCGGGAUGAGACGAAAGAGACGGCAAACGAUAAGAUUCAUCGGGAGAAUGUGCGUCAGGGACGCGACAAGUACAAGACGCUCCGUGAGAUCCGUAAGGGCAACACAAAGCGUCGUGUUGAUCAAUUCGAGAACAUGUAAGGAAAACGCACGCACGCACCGCAUGCCCCGGACUCUCGGACUCUCAGAAAAGAGAGAGAUGGACAGCGAAGAGGAGUCUCCAAAAAGAAAGAGAAAGAUAUAGAAAGCAGAACAGAAGAACAGAAGUACAGAAAGAAGAGAAAGAAACAACAAAUAUAAUUCCGGUCGUUGCGACGAUGACCCCCUAAAAAACUUCAAGAAAUAUCCGCAGAAGUCUCCUAUCCUGAAAAUCCGUAAAAAAAAAAAACUUCAGAUAUUCUUUGUUUUCUGAGAAGCUUGUAUAGAAAAGAAAUCACAGCACACAGAUAUAGUUACAGAUACAGAUAGAGAUACCCUAGAGACAGACAAAAAACACGCCCUGGACGAUGACACAAUUAUGAGAAGGGACAAUCAAUCAAUAGAUCACAGUCGAAACACAACAAUCACUAGAAUCAAUCAAGAAUAUUUUCAAUUUUGAAACGCGACAGACAACAGAAAUUAAACCACAAAUACAACUACAACUACAACUACAACAAAAACAACUAUUUGCAUU